AUGAUGUUAAGAUUCAUCAGAUUCAAUUCAGUCUCCACCAUCAGACCACGGAUUGUUUCCGGAGAACUCCAGAUAACUAAAGGUCUCAUAGAGAAAGCUAUACAAAAUAAUGAAUUACCGGAGUUGAAAGAAAUUUUCCAACAAAACAAAUCUUUAUUAUCACCACCAGUGAAAAAUACUUUAGCUGAUUUUAUAUCCAAUGAUUUUUCCUUCUAUUACCUUUUGAAAGACCACCAAUGGUCAGUAGAUCAAUUGAAAUCAUUGAUCAAGGCUAAUCCUGGAAGAGUUGAUAGUUCUUGGGAUUUGUAUACUCGUCAUGGAGCACCAGAAGAAGAUGAAUUAAUACAUCACAUUAUCGAAAGUUUGAUUGAGGAAGAAGAUUGGGCCAAGGUUUUGUAUUUGUACCAAAAGUUGAAUGAUAAGAAAACUUUCAGUGAAGGGUUUUUCGAAAAAUUAAUCGAAAAGCCAGAAAUCUUACCAUUUUUUCAAUUGGAAAAGGAAUUUCUUCAAUCUAGAAUUAAAGAUCUUGAUGGUUUAGCAUUUUUGAGUGUUUUCCAACAAAUUUAUAAAGAUGUAGACUUCGAGAUUCUUGCUAAAGGUUUGGGCAUUAAUAUGAAAAUGAAACUUGAGCAACCAUCACAAUUUAUUCAAGAUUAUAAACGUUUAACAGGUGAAACUAUUAGUUAUUCGAUCCCAGAUAUCGUUGAACACAUCGAGAGCAAUAAAUUAGACAUUCACGAACAACCUGAAUCGUUAUUAGUAAGAAUGAAAUUAAUAGAACUUUAUGCUAUGGAAAAAAAUGAUUUCGAAGCGGCCUUAAAGAAAUAUCAUCAAUAUCAAACUCAUACUGAUUUUGGUAUGGAAAUAAUUCAAAAUACCCUUAUCCAAGCAUAUUGUUUAAAAGCUUUUAAUGAGUCCAAACCUGAAUUAAUACCAAUUAUUGAAGCGUUGAUGUUAGAAAAUAUCCCCAUCAAAAUUAUCCAAUCAUUAAUCUUGACCCAUUCCCAAUUUGAUGCCGAUAAAUCCCUCGAAAUCUAUAACAAGUAUAUUCAACAAGUAAGUACUAAGCCCAAUGAGUCACAAAGAUCGAGUGCAGGGUUGCUCAAUGAAUCAAUCAUGUUGGCUUAUUUAUAUAAUAACGACAGAGAUUUUGCAACCAUUAUUUACGAUAAAGUUCAAAAUUCCGGACUUUUGAAUGAACAUGAAAUGAGCUGUUUAAAGAGACUUUUCAAAGUUUAUGGUGACGCUUAUAUUGAAGAUGACUGGGUAAAAGCUAAACCUAUCUUACACCAACAUAUUUAUAGUACCAUGAGAAAUUUGUAA